AUGGCUGGCGCUCUCAUCUCCGUCGUUUAUCCCUCAGCGCCGGACGCCAAGUUCGACCUCGAAUACUACAACACGAAGCACAUGGGCCUGGUCACUGAGAAGUGGGGCAACAAAGGUCUCCAGCAGUACUGGGUCGCAGACCUGCGACCAUCAAAUGGCCCUUACGCUAUCCAAGCUACAAUGCUGUGGGACUCGGUCGAGAGCUUCCAGAAGGCGGCAGCUUCGGAGGACUCGGCGGCGGUGUUUGCCGAUGUCGCUAACUUCACCAACUUGAAGGCAGUCGUUCUGUCUGGAGCGAUUGUGAAGUCGUCCAACUAG